CGAUUGGGCACGGGCCUUGUCAGUUUCUGUCGGGUGGCAGGACCUAUAACUGGGCUAGGCUGCGCCGCUUAUAAAGUAAGUGCCCGAGCCGUUGACGUCUUUCGAAUUGGAGACGAGUCUUGAGUCGGCGGGGCUGCUGGGCUCGUCGCGUCGAGAGUUUCUUGCUGGGAAAAGAAUUGAUCUUUCCUGGAACAUUGUUCUGUUGUUGCUGUUUACAUAUGUGAUAUUUGCACUCAGAAAAAGGAACAAAAGGACUCCAUGAAACUGUCGAAGCCGUCUUCUAGUUGCUGUCUAUAUUACAAAAAUACAGCUUCAUGUCCAGAAAACAACAACGAUUUCGAGACGAUGAUACCAAUCCCUGUAUAUUGGAAACCGAUGCUUCUAGAAAAUGCAUGGAUGAUAAUAACUACAAUAAGGAUAUGUGUACCAUCCAUUUUUUAAAAUACAAAAGCUGUAGAAAAUUUUGGCACGGGAUCAUGAUUCAGAGAAGACAGAGUGGAAUACAACCAGCUAUGCCUACAGCAGAAGAAAGAAUGGAAAUCCUGGAAUCUAUAGGAGGAAUACCAUAUUGAUAAACUAGUGCUACUGUUUUAAGAUGCUCAGUGGUUUUACUGUAAAUAAGAUAGUCUGGAAAGAAUAUUGAAAACUACCAUUCUCAAGUGAUAAGCUGUUGAUUUCCUAAAUUCUCCUAUAUACUGUCCUUCUGAACUAUAAUUUAGGCCAUUGCCUCUACAGAACGUUUAUAUUGCAGAUAAAGUGGAAAUGUGAAGCUUUGGCUUUAUCAAAAUGAAGGGAUUCAUUGCAUAUAGGAGAAACUUGGUAAUAAAUUCUGACCUUUUAAUAA